UGUUGUGAUAAACUUAUUAAAUAGAUCGAAUUGAAGGUAGUUCGUUUUUAGCUCAGUUCCAGAAAAUGAUCAUUGCAGAUAAAACAUUAUCUGUUUGAUUAAAACGUGCGAACUUGUAAAAUGAAUAUAAGUGAACUGUUAUUUGGUCGAAAAUGCUUCCCAGAAAAAAUUGACUCUCGACACAUUUGUGGAAAGCGUCUGAAUGUGAGCAAAAGUCUGUUCCGCAAGACCCUAUUCGGACACCACGGCUGUGUGAACACUCUUUCCUUCUCUAAAUCCGAACGAAUCUUUGCAACUUCGGGCGACGACAGACGAGUGUUACUAUGGGAUACGGAGAAAUGCAUAGGAGGGAGGCAUCCAAAACACAUUGUGGAAAUGUGUAGCAAACACGACUCAAAUGUGUUCACGACUUGUUUCAACUCGGACGAAUCGGUAGUGCUCUCAGGAGGAAACGAUGAGAGGGUGCUCUCUCACGACGUGCAGACUAACACACUGAUUGGCGAUUUCACAUUCGAAGGAACAGAAGUGCUCUUCAUAGACUCCCACCCAUCACUUCCUUCGCAGAGUAUGGCAGGGGCCUCGUGUGGGAAACUGAUCACGAUAGACCAGAGGAUAGGUCAGAAUGGGGGAGGGACUGGAAGAGCGCCUCACAGUACUACUGUUGUGAGGGACGAUUGCAUAUACUCCAGUUUCAGAUGUGUGAAAUAUCUACCUAGUGACCCAACCUAUAUUGCCACGGCCAACAGUAUUAACGGCCUUGCUCUCAGAGACACGAGAAUGGACAAAAACAAAGUGGUGAUGCAAUACAGAAACAGAAGCAGACGCUUCGCUUCGGCUGAAAGUGGCGACAUGAUGCACUGUACGUUCGACGCGACAGGAACCCGACUACUGGCUUUGAGCGGACGAGAAUCGACAUUGUAUCUUUUCGACCUUGAUUGUCCCGACGAGCCGAAAUUCACGUUUGCAAGCCGGGCUUUCUUCAAAAGCGCGACCACGAUCAAAGUGUGCUCGUUUAUGGGCCCAAACGAUGAAUAUGUUGUCUGUGGGUCGAAUGAUUUUAAUGUGUAUGUUUGGAAGAUUCCGAAAGAUGGUGCAUUUAAACAUGUGAGGAUCCCACAUAUGCAGUUACGAGGUCAUAGGUCAAUUGUGAAUCAGGUGUCUUACGCAAAGAGAUUCAGUCUGCUGGCGACUUCUGGCACAGAGAAAAUUGUUAAAAUCUGGAGUCCCUUUUGGAUUAAUCAUGGAAUGGGCAGUAUUGAGAAGGAGGUAGGAGUUACACGGAAGGUGCGAUACAACUACGACGACUACCUCAACUUCAUCCUGCACGAGGGACCCAUAGACCACGACUACCAGUUCGGAACCACCGAGGAGGACCAGAGAAUACUGGCCCUGUUCGACCUCGAGAGGGGAGGGGAGGACGGUGAUGGUGACUACAAUCAUGACAAUGAUCCCGCCGUUGAAGAAGGUGCUGCAUCCGAGUUCAAUUCUGCAACAGCCUAUUUGGACGGUUUAAAUGCACCAGGUCAACCGGGUUCAAGUUCAUCGACAGGCGGAGAUGCCUCAGAUGACCUCUACUCUUUCGACUGGCCCCACAGCGAACAAUCGAACAGUGAGCCUGAUCCAGAACCUAAUAUAAUCGGGCUUGACUCAUCUCUUGACUCAAUAUCACCGUCACAUGGAGAUGACCCGACAUUUGCAAUUUUAAAUGAGCAGAUAUCUAGCACAAAUACACCUGGAAGUUCUAUGAGUCGUUUAAGAGGAUCGACAUCUGAUACCAGCAGCGAUGAAGGCUCUGAGUCUACAGUUGUAAGAAUGAGAAAUGCUAAUCGGAAAAGCAAACGAAAGAAAUAAUAAACUUCGAUCAUUUUGAAGUCUGAUGAAAUGUGACGGGAUACGAGAUACAGUUAGCAUGACGUUCGAGGCUCUCGUGACAAAAGGGUCAAAUGAGAAUAUUUGAAUGUUUGACGCAGGCUCUGGGAAUAGAGAGCGAUGAACUUAUUAAAUAGAGAAACUAAUUUUGCAGUUGAAACAUUAAAAUGAUAUUUUUCAGUAUAAAUUAAACAUCAAAUCAUA